CUAUCUUUCGUUGCUCAGACUACAAAAUAUUUAACUAACAAUAACAUUCCCCUCCACCCCUCAACCAUUGGUCGUAAACCUACGCUGUUCGGCUGAUAGUCAUUGUGGUGCUGUGCUCAGUGUGCUCACAGUGCUCACACAGUCACACUACUCACAUUUCAGUACUUCAUAGUUGUUCGCUGUUUGUGGCUCAGUUUCAACGUGACCGUGUUCAGUCUUCAGUACUGUUCACCAGUUCACUACAACGUUCUUUUGCAGACCAAAGAGAAUCUGUUGAUACCGGUCACUAAUUUAAAGUUUCAAACGAGCAACACGACGUUCAGUAUAAGAUAUCAAUUCACAAAUUCACAUUCACUAUUCAAUCAUGUUACCGGUUUCGACAUCGUGAGAGAUUGAUUGUUUUGUUUUUGAAAUACUUCAGCCAUUACUAUGAAGAUGAAGGUUAAUUUUUACACCUUUAUAUGUUAAAAUUACGUCUUGUGUCAACACAUUUCCUAAAGCAGCCAUAAAAUAUUAAAAUGUGCCGUGAUUGGGAUAUGAUUAUCUAAAUUGUACCUAAUUAGUAUAAACUAGAAGUUAUAAAACUGUGUCAAGCUGUUGAAAUUACUGCAGUGGUUUACAGGAAUUACCAAGAGUUUGAAUUGUAUGAAAAUGAAACUAACUUUGUGUUGUAAUGAUACACAUAUGCUUAGUGAGCAGGUUGAAACAAAGUUUGAGAUGUUAUUGGAAGAAUAUAAUUCAGAAAAAUUGAUUUUGAUUGGUAUGCCAUUAGAAAAAUUGCCAUUGAAUUGUGAUGGAUUACCACUUAUUGUAGAAAAUAUAAAUGAUUAUAUAAUUGACUAUGGAUUAUAUGAAGAAUGCCUAUUUGAUGAAACAUAUUCUGCUAAUGGACGUGAAGCCAAUAUUAUAAAUGCUUAUGAAUUAGUCAGUGGUUCAAGAAAAAGUUGUAAAACAUUAAUAGAUAUUGAUGCAGUAGAUGUUGCAUCAGUAUUAGUUAUGUGGCUUUACUUCUUACCAGAACCAUUGAUAUCUUCAAAACAAUUUUCAAUGAUUUGUGAUCUCGAUGUCAAUAAAAAAUACAAUGAAAUAAUAAGUUCCAUGGACAAUAUAAGCAGAUUAACUUUACAAGGAAUAAUGAACAUUGUAGAUUCCUAUGAGAAGCAACACCCGUCAUGUAAGGAGAAACUUGGAAAUCUGUUUACACUGCUUUUGACAAAACAUGUUGAUAUUGUUAGCGAAAAUAAUUCAUCACAGUUUUUAAACAAUUUAAAGAUUGUUUUUAUGAAAGCAAAAAUAAAUAAUGAUAAAUCAGAAUAUGAUAUGUUCAAUAAAAAAUCUUUAGAAAUCAAAUCAAGUACUAAUCAAGAUCAAAAUAACUUUCAUAAAAAUAAUCUAUGUAAUAAGAAGAAUGUAUUUCGCAGGUCGUUGAGUGAUGAUGGAUUACGUUUAAAACCUAGUGUUGAUGGUGUUGAUGAAACAAUGAAGAAAUGUUCAACUUUGAUGAAAUCGUGUAGCUGUAACCUGACAGAAUUUAUUUCAGAAGAGGACAUUCAUUACAAAAACUCAAUUAUCAAUGGUUUAAUUUUAGAUAAGAACAAUUUAAAUUAUAAACCAGCUGAUAAAUUAUCUAGUGAUAAUUUUUAUGAUGAUUCAAUUUCUAUAGUUAAUGAGUUGUUUAGUAAUCAAAUUGAUGAUAUGAGAAGUAUAGAACGAACCAUGCAGAUUCAUUCCAAAAGUACAAUAAAACGAACCAAAAAUAAAUCUAUUAAAAUUCAUGUAGAAAGAGUUUUGAAGUCAGGAUUUUUAUCAAAUGAAGAGAGUUUGCUAUUAAAAAACACAUUAGAACUUAUGAAAAUACUAUCAAAAAUUAAAAGUGUUCAAAAUCAAAUUAACAUUCAAAGGAGAAGUAGAGAGGAUGAAUUUGGUUGUGAAAAUGAAAAGACUAAUAAACGUUUACCAGAGUUUUAUUUUUUAAACAAUCGCCUUGAGCAGUUAGCCAAUCAGAAAAAUACAUAUUUAAUUAAAACUGGAUUAUCUUAUGGUAGAUCAUACAACCGUACAGUUUUAAAUCUUAAAAAUGCCCAAAAAGAAGCUUUUAAGCUAUAUGAAAAUGAAAAAAAUAACAAGAAUAGUCAAAACGAAAAUAUUGACAAAUUAAUCUCUGAUAUUUACAAUAUUCAAAAAGUUCUCGAUUAUUUGGAAAAUAAUUGUGGUGGUAAGGAGUUGCCAUGGAGGUCAAGUAAAGGUUGUCCGGGUCAUAAAAGAAUGAAAAAAAAACAGUUGAACUGUGUAACUGUUGUAUCUGAUUUGCAAACAAUUGGUGAACAUGAAGUCAUGGAAACCAUAGCCCAACCUUUAUUCAUAGCAGUGAAACAGUAACUUUUCUUAAUGGUUAAUAAGUUAAUUUAGUUUCAAUUUUUUUUUUUUAUUUAUACACUUAACAACAACUACAAAACUAUUUUAUGAUUACUAUUAUUAUAUAAUAUAAUAAUAGUAUUAGAAUAUAAUUUAUAUUCCUAACUAAAGUUAGUAAUAUUAUUUGAGACUUAUUUAUAACUGGUGCCUUUAAAUUAUUUAACUCAUAUAUACUUAUACUAAUUAGAACUUAAUAGUAAUUAAGAAUUACUAAUAUGUUAUAAUUAAUAAUCUUGCAAUAGUUUUGUCUUGCAUUCUUACUAUUUUUUGUACAAUUUAUGGUCAGUAUAUAUUUCAUAUUUACAUAAAAAUACCUAAUAAGAUACAUUUUGUGAAGAAAAGAGAAUUCUUUAAAUGUCCAAGUAUAAUUAGUAGGAAAAUGGUUUUAAUAAAUUCAAUCUAUUGUUAUUCUAUCAUAUUAGAAGUUUAAGGUCUUAAGAUUUUAUUAUUGAUUAUGGGUUCUUUUUUUUUUAAUAUUUAAUUGAUUUAUUGAGUAAAAUUAUUAUUUGAAGCUGCUUUAAUUGGAAUAGUUGAUUUACUAAUUGAAAGUUAUAUUAUUUCACUAUACCACUUAAAAGUAUAAUUAAAUAAUAUGUAUAUAUUUUUGUAUUAAUUGAUCUGAUACAAUUUAACUUUAUGAGCAUUUUAUUUUCAAUUUAUAAAAUAAGUAUUGAAAAAUGAUCUUUGAAUGUUUAUGACUGUAUUAGUGAUGUGAUUAUAAAAAUAUCAAAAUUAAUUAUAAAUAAUUCUAUAAAUCCAAGAAUUUUAACCAGUGAUUAAUGUAUAAGUUAAAUGAGUCCCAGGCAUGGAUCUAAGGGUAGUGAAUAUUGAUCUUUAGUCCCUCUCUCCUCGUUUAAAAUUUUAUAUAUUGUAUAUUUCUUUACAUGUUUAACAUAUUAUUCAUAUGUCUUAAAUAUAUAUAAAAUUGUUAAUAUUUUUAUCAAAUUUAAUCUAUUAUGUACUAAAAUUAUAAUCGUAUAUUUUUAUGAAAAAAAAAAACCGUAUAUUUGUCCAUUUAUCAUUAAUAAUAAUAAUAAUAUUAUUAAUUGUAUUACAUUAAAAAAUUGUUUUUCAAAUAUUUUUCUGCUAUGUAUACUAUACAAUACAUGAUUUUAUAAGUUUAUUGUAAAUGUAUACAUUUUAACAUUAACUAAAUAAUAAACUAUUCUGAAUGGAUUUAAUACUAUAUAUUAUAUUAUAUGGAUUUUAGAUUUCAUACUCAAUAAGUAUUUGUUAAUUAUUUAUUUUUCUCUUAUUAUCUAUUGUAUUAUUUAUUGUUAUUUUAUAUUUAUUGUAACAUAUAGUCUGAUUCUUAAUGUCGUAGCUCAACUUAUUUUUAGUUUUAUUGUAAGUCUAAUUAUUUUAUUAAGAUGUAAUUACAAUCGAAACAGUAAAGUGAUUAACUGGUAUAUUAUAUUUCUGAUCGUUGAAUACUGUUAAAAAACUUUAUUUGAAAUAAAGUUAUUUAAUGUUUAUAAACCAAUUUUUGUUGUUGUAUUUUACAAGUUAAUGUACAAAAUGUAUUAUCACUUACUUUACGUUUACCAUUUAUUUGUAAAAACCUAGUUGUUAAAUGUGAAAUAAUGUACAUCAGUGUGUAAAUGUAUCCUAUUGACUAUAGUUUAUAUUUCUAACUAACAAUUUUCAGAAUCAUAGUUCAUCUUUUAGGGGGCUUGGUAUUUUUUAACAUAUUAAUUUAUUCUAUUUGUUAAUAUUUAUUACUAUUAUUUUUCUUUCUAUGAUAAUAUUAAGUCACCACACCAAUUUAUUUAUCCUUAAGAAACAGGUUUUAGGUAAAUUCUGCUUCUCCUGAGAUUGAAUUUAAUUUUUAAGUCCAAGUAGAGAGAUUUUAUUCAUUAUGUUGUUAUUCCACAAAUAUUAAUCGUCAGACACCAUUGCAUGUAUAUUAUUAACUAUACACAAUACCAUUUUCAAAAUAUUUAAAUUAAUUUCAAGUCAUAGUCAUUCCAAACGUCAUGAACCUAUUCAAAACUAAUUUUAAGCUUUACGACAUUUAAUUUAGUCAGGUGACGUGUGUAUUUGAAUGAAUUUAAGUUAAACACUUGUAAAUACAAUGACUAUAGUUAUAUUAUAAUGGUCAUAGUUAAAAUUGCAAAUACUUAAUAAUUUGUCAUAACUCAUAAUUAUUGUCUUUUUGUUCAAACAUAUUCAUGUUUUUUUUUUUUUGUUAUAAAAAAUUGUUUUCAAAAAUAUGUUAGAAACACAAAAAACCCAAAAUUACAAACGUAAAAGUUUUAAGUGAAAACACACACACGACAAUAGAUAUUAUCAUAUUAAAACUUUAGGCAUGUUGAAUGAUUCAACUUGAAUCUAUAAAAUGGUAAGUAAAUAGUCGGGUCAUUUUAGGUGAGAUUUUUUUAGGAUUAGUUUCUUUUUGCGAGACGAAAUGAUAGGAUUCGGGCAAUAAACUAAUAAUAUGUUCUUAAAACAAACAAAACACUUUUUAUUUGGAUGUAUAUUUUAUAUUAUAUAAUAUAUAAAUGAAAACACAAGUACAUGGCGGUUUCUUUGUAAACAUAUUUUUUAACAGUCUUUAUAUUUUAAGUUAUGUUUACAUACUAAAACAUUAAGUAGACUAGAGUGUGCCGUUACAAUAUGAGUAUAAAAAGAUCAAAAAAAAAACAAUUUACACUUUACUCUUAAGACAUUUGAUUUUAAGUAAACAUAAAUAGAAAACGUCAUUAAUCCUUAAAGAAUUAUAUAGUAUUACCAAAAAAAAAAAAAAAAAAAAACAAUAUUAUAAUAUCAGUUGAGAUGUACAAAAUAAUACAUAGGUAAUAAUCAAUAAA